AUGUCAUCUGAAGGCUGGCAAAUAACCGUCUUCGACGCCCUGGCACCUCAAACCGAGAAGGUCGUUAAAAUCUUCGAAAUGGGCCUCGGGUGGGAACUUUGGGCUCAGGCUGAACUCGGAAUCCAGCGAAUAUCCGAAAAAACUGAAAACGAUGAACAAGAAGACAGAUCCUGGCGGACGGAAUGCUCUCGCGAGCGAAAGGUCUACGCGGGCACUAACCAGCGCUGCGAUUUUCUCACCUCCUAUAAACUCUUGUCAGAUUAUCAACCUUCAAAAUAUCUGCGUGAAUUCUUGGAGCUCAAGUGCCUUAUUAGGGGUGAUUUUCGCGGCUUUCAAACGAAGGUGAGGAAUAUGGCAAUACUCUCGGAAUGGGAGAGGGAUUCGGAGUAUGUGUGUGGUACUGUUCUCGCAAUUACGGUGCAUAUAGUCGGUGAAGAGGACAUUUUCGUUGAUGAGAUGAAGAACUUAGCACUCAACAAUGGGAUUCAGUGGCAAUUCAAAAAUGAGCCCACACAUAUUGGAGAUUAUAUUGGAGAUCAUAGGGUAUCCCGUAUUCUGGCUUGGGUUUGGACAAGAAACGUUUAUGCCAGCGAGGCGUGA